CCCUGCGCCUGUUGAUCAUGAUACCUGUUUUUAUGGUGACUGUGGGCACAGCCUCAGAGGAGCCCUGUGUGUUCCCCUUCCACUAUAAGGGCAAUACGUACAGUGACUGCACCAUUAAGGACGAAUCAGCUCUUUGGUGCGCCACCACCCAGAACUAUGCUAGGCGUAAAUGGCGGUAUUGUGAAGAUGUUCCAAGGUGGAGUGUUACCUACAGCCAUACACACAUCUGUGCUCUAGAGGGAUCAUCAGUUACCAUGUCCUGCUUUUACACCUACCCCAGCUAUCUAACAGUUAAAGAAGUGUUUUGGACAAACCAAGACACUACCCAGGGGUUCAUUCUGAUUUAUCAACAAAUGUCAUUUACAAGCAAAGGGUCACAGUAG